AUGGCUGCCUGGUUCUUCUUCUUUUUCUUCUUCUCACUCUCCUUUUUGUUCCACCAUGUUCGCGCCAUCUCCCUGCCGCCUUCCUUUAGCUUUGACUUCUCAAACACCUCCAGCUACCAUCUACAAGAUCUACUAUUCGAAGGAGACACCACCCUAAACGGCGACGUGGUUGACCUCACCUGCAACCCCAUGAAAGAAUAUUGCAUUGGGCGGAUGUCAUACAAACACCCGGUGUUCUUGUAUGACAACAACACUGGCGAGUGGGCAAGCUUCACCACCCGCUUCACAUUCUCCAUCCAAUUGGGGCCCACCGAAUCCAAGGGGGACGGCAUCGCCUUCUUCCUCUCCGGCUACCCCUCACGAUUACCUCUUGGAUCGUCUGGUGAUCAGCUUGGGCUCACCAGCAGAAACAAUGUUACCCCUUCUGGCGCGGACCAGUUCCUUGCCGUCGAGUUCGACACGUAUAGCUCGAGUUCAACAAGUACGGGAACUCAAUUCACGGCUGACCAUAUUGGCAUCGACCUCAACUCCAUAAAGUCGGUUAGCAAGACGAGGUUGCCGCCCGGCUACAGCCUCAGCGGCACCAUGACGGCAACGAUCACGUUCGACAAUGCCACAAGGAUACUAGAGGCUAUCGUGCACUUCGAUUCGAAUAGUUCUCUUGGCGAUGCUCAGGUCAAGACGCGGUUACCGGAUUACCUCGAUACCUUGCUCCCGCCUGAGGUCUCUGUGGGGUUCUCGGCGGCCACCGGUGCAUACAGUGAGCUGCAUCAGAUACACUCUUGGUCCUUCAACUCCACUAUGGUGGCUAGAGACAAAUUCUCUGACAAGAAGAAGAUCGGGGCUGGUAGUUUCGGCGUGGUUUACCAUGGGAGCCUCAAGAACUCAAAAGGAGAAUCCAAGGACUUGGCUGUGAAGAAAAUCAACAAGGACUCGGGAGGAGAAUCCAAGGACUUCCUCGCGGAGCUGGGAGCCAUUAGCCAAACACGCCACGGUAACGUGGUGAGGCUUGAAGGCUGGCAGAACAUCAAGCUCUUCCUUGUCUAUGAAUUGGUGCCUAAUGGUGACCUGUACCAGCACCUGUAUGAAAGGACAACUGUACUUCCAUGGGCAAUGAGGUACAAAAUAGUUCAGGGCUUAUGUUCUGCUCUUCAUUACCUCCACCACCAAUGCGACCCAUAUAUCUUGCAUAGAGAUAUCAAACCAAGCAACAUACUUCUUGAUAAUGAAUUCAACGCCAAGUUGGGCGACUUCGGCCUGUCGAGGGUAGCCAAAGACAAUCAACAGACAUCAGUGCCGAUGACGGUGGCUAUCGGCACGGAGCGCUACAUGGAUCCUCUGUGCAUGAAAGACGGAAAGGUCAACUUUCGCCGCAGCUCCGACGUAUACAGCUUUGGGAUCGUCCUGCUAGAGAUAGCGCAUGGAGGAUACGCCCCGGUGGAUGUCCGGAAGAUGCACACAGAUCAACCAGAAUCAUUCGUGGACGAGAUUGCUGACGUGAAGCUUGCUGGCCAGUUUAACAAGACGCAGAUGGAGCAGGUCAUUCUCCUAGGCCUCCGGUGUUCUGAAGGGGAUGAGAACCAACGGCCUACAUUCAGAGGUGCAACGAAUUUCCUGGAUACUGGGGCGGAGUUGUGCCCUGCCACACCUACCCAUGAAUAAGAACCCCACUUUGCUGCUACCGCUUGUGCCUAGCAAACUAU